AUGGCGGACUAGGUUGCUGGAAUCAACUUGCUUUCCCUUGCUGCAUUUCUUUUACCCGUUCGUCCACGUCAACCAGUGACUAACAAACCUUGGUUUCGCUUACGCUGCUGCGUUUUGGUUUCGUUCCAGUUUAUGCGAUGCCUGACGGACCCCGUCGCCUUACCCUCACGCUUCUGUUCGCGUCCCUUACGUAUUCACUCCUGAUAGUCACAUAUCAUGACGACGUCGUUAGUUGUUCCAAAAGCGAAUAGCCACAGGAGCAGCUGCAGCGACGGAAACGGGAGACGUCAGUCGCUGAGAAGUAGUAACGGCAAUAGCAAUAGUCGUACAAGUAAGCUUGGUUCUAGAAGCGUAAGCACGUGCGACACUCAUAAACGAGACACAUUAGGGGGAGGCGUUGUCAUUGACAGGACGACCACCAAGGCUAGCUUAAGGUCAAAACGCAGAGGCUCCGAUAUAGUCACAGCCACAAACGAGAACUUUCGAACGUCAGCAACACGUGCCCCAAGAUAGCACAUCCGCUUUGGCUCCCAGGCUCAGCCGGGCUUGACCACUCCGAGCCUGUCCCCGCCGAACCUGGCGGGCCAUCAGGCAUGGCUGCCGAACCUGCAAGCUCGGGGCUGAGAAUAAACUGCUGGUGCCGGAGACUACAUAGACUCCAUGAACUACAUAGACCACAUCGACUACAUACAUUUCUUCUAGUUUUUAUACACGUGCUCUCAAUAACGCGGACGGCUGCUCAGAGUCCAAUCGAUGUGGAUAAGGCGGCUCUGCUGAACUUUAAAGCCCAUGUCACAGAAGAUCCUACAGGCGCGCUGUCCAACUGGAACCCCGACGACCCCGACCCGUGCUCCUGGACGGGCGUCGACUGCAACCCCUUCUCCCGCCGGGUCACUUCCCUCUCCCUCCCCUACCGCUCCCUCUCCGGCUCCCUCGACCUCCCAGACCCCUCCCUGGGCUCGCUCACCGAUCUCCUCCACCUCUCCCUCACCGGCAACUCCUUUCCAGGCUCCUUCCCCUCUGCCCUCGCCCUCCUCUCCUCGCUACAGUCCCUGGAGCUAUCCGAAACGGAGCUGUCAGGGGAAAUCCCCGGGAAUACCCUCUCCGCCCUCCGCCGUCUAGCCGUUCUAGACCUGCGCAAGAACACGCUCUCGGGGUCAAUACCCCCAGAAAUCUCGGCUCUCAACUCACUAAUCAAACUAGACCUAAGAGAAAACGCUCUCUCGGGCUCCCUCCCUGCAGAAAUGCAAUCCCUAGGUCAGCUGCAGGACAUGCUGCUGGACUACAACCAGCUCUCCGGCCCCCUCUCGCCCGGCCUCCUGGCGUCUCUCCCCAUCAUCCAAACCAUCUCAGCAAGAGGGAACGGAUUCGAAGGCUCGGUCCCGAAGGAGCUAGGGUACGCGCAGCGGCUUUCAAGGUUGGAUCUGGGGGGAAACAGGCUGGAUGGGAGCAUUCCAGAGACGCUGGGGCAGAUGUGGAGUCUGACUUCGUUGAGGUUGGACUCGAACCGGAUAGGAGGGUUGAUUCCGACGAGGCUGAACACGCUGGCGCAGCUGCAGGUGCUGACGCUGAAUGGGAACGAUUUAGUAGGGGAACUUCCCCCGUUUAAUGGGCUGGAGAAUCUGGUUCGGUUUGACGUGUCGAAUAAUGAUUUGUUCGGGUCGACGCCGGCAGAAGGGCCCCUGGCGAAGUUCCCCCCGUCCUCGUUUGAAGGCAACCCGGGAUUGUGUUAUGGGGAAUGCCCGCCCUCCCCCCCCUGGUGGGACCCCAGUCCGCCCUCCCCUCCCCCUCGUGCCCCCCCGCCCCCCUUCGUCUCCCCAUCCGCUCCUCUUCCUCCUCCGCCUGCCUCUCCCCCACCGCAGGAGCCCCCUCCCCCGGUUCAGCCUCCUCCUCCUCUUCUCCCUCCACCUGUGUCCACUCCCCCUAACGCUCCCCCUCGGCUUCUUCCCCCUCCUCUUUCUUCUCCUCCUCUUCCUUCCCCUCCUCUGCUGCUCCCCGCUCCCCCUUUUCCUCCCCCCAAGCCCCCCUCUCCCCCCCGGAAACGCCCGCCCCCAUACCCCCGCUCUCCCCCUCCCAAUCCCCCCCCUUCCCCCCCAACCUCCCCUUUCUUCCCCGAAAUCACCCCUGCAGGUCCCCCCAUUGUCCCCCCCCCCAAGCGCACUCAUCCCCCAAGACCCCCAUCCCGCCACCCCCGUCCCCCCUGGCCUCCCCCACAACCAUUCCCUCCUCCUCGCCCCCAUACACAUCACCCUCUUCCCCCCAGCAAGCCCCCCUCCCCCCCACGCCCUCCCCCCCGUCCGCCUCUGACCCCUCCCCCACUUGCGCCUCCCCCUGGUACCGCCCCCCCGCCAGGGGAAGGGCCUUCCCCCGCCCCCUCUCCUUCCCCCAGCCCUUCCCCCUCAUCCGCACCCUCUCCCGCUCCCACUUCUUCCCCCUCCCCUACUCCUGCUCCCGCUUCCCUUCUCCCUCCUCCUCUCGCCCAACCGCCCAUUUCUCCCCCUCCUAAUUCCUCCACUCCCCCACCCUCCCAAGCAACACCUCCUCUCCCUUCUCCUCUCACCCCUCCUCUCACUCCCCCUCUCACUCCCCCUGCCACCCCUCCUUCAAACUCCCUCCCACCACCACCACCACCAGCACCACCGCCUGGUGAUUCGUCUAGUAACCUAGACGUAUCCUCCUCCCCCACCCCACCUCCCCCCUCUACAAGCACCAACCCCUAUAGUAACGACCUGGCCUGGUGGCAGCUGCUCGCGUUAUGUGCUGCCUCGUUACUAGCAACUCUGCUCUUUGCAGCGCUGUUCACCUUUGGAUGCCCGUAUCUCUGCGGCAUGGCAGCACGGGCGAAGCACAGGUAUAAUGGGGUGCCUACUAACGAGGAUGCUGCUAUUAAAGCGGAAGCUGAAGCAGCAGCGGCGACGGCGGCGGUGGCAGGGGGAGCAGGAGCAGGGACUUAUAGCGGGCCGUACAGUAACGAGUAUGGAACGGGAGGAGCAGAGGGAGAAGGGGGGAUGGGGAUGCAGGGAGGGGAAGGGAUGCCUGCUGGUGGUGCUGCUGGUGGUACAGCAGCAGGCGGGGCAGCAACAGCAGCAGCAGCAGGAGGAGGAGGAGGAGCAGGAGCAGCAGGAGGAGCAGCGCUGAUAGGAGCAGCUGCUGCUGCAGCUGCAGUGGGUAUAGGUGCUGGUGCUGCCGGUGCUGCAGCAGCAGCCGGCUCAAAAUCACCAGGAGGGGCCGGAGACGAUGAUGAUGAUGAUGCAGAUGGUGUGGCGGCAGGAGCAGGAGGGGAGAGCAGCUCGUUGCUGGUGACCAUGUUUGACGGGAGGGCCGUGCGUGCAUCCGCGUUAUUAGCAGCCACGGACGAGUUCGGGCAGAGCAAGAUGAUCACGAGGGGCCCGGGGCCCAGCGGGGGGACGGCGUUUGUGGCGGACAUGCUGGGGGACGAAGGACCCAUGCUCGUGGCGAAACUGCUGCCCACGGUGACAGAGCAAGGGGAGGAUGGGGAGGAGUUUCCUGUUCCUAUGAGUCUGAAUAUGGAGGAAAUGCGGGCGCUGGCGGAGAUCGACCAUCCGAACGUGCUACCACUGCUGGGUUGCUGGGAGGAUGAGAUCACGGGGAGGCGCGUGCUGCUGUACGAGCUCAUGCCCAAUGGGGAUUUGAACGACUUCCUCUAUGAUGAGGAGCUUUCUGAGAACUCGCUAACGUGGGACGCGCGGAAGAAAGUGGCGAUAGGGAUAGCCCAGGGCGUGGCCCAUCUCCAUACCCUCACUCUCCCGCGGCCGCCCGGCUCCCAACUGGCCCCCGACCCUCUGGUGCACGGGUCGCUGCAUCCAGGGAACAUCCUGUUGGGGGACGAUGGGGAAGCGCGGCUGACCGACACGGCAGCUGCCCGCAUUGCAUUCGAUUCGGACGAUGUACACGUGGCGCCUGAAACACUUGGGUAUACUCCGCCUGAGUACAUGUCCGGCCCUACAACAGCAACCCCAGAGGGCGACGUGUUCAGCUUCGGCGUCGUUCUUCUCGAGCUGCUAACAGGCCGACCCCCCUUAGACCCCUGGUUCGCAGAGAACGAGCUGGGCGACGUGAUCGGGUGGGUGAACGUGUGUGUGGAGGAGGGGGCGGCGGGGGAUGUCUUGGACCCGAGGGUAGCGGAUAUAGCGGAGUGCGAGGGCGAGAUGCUGGAGGCGCUCAAGAUCGCGCUGGUGUGCGUGGGGGAGGAGGCGGAGGAGCGGCCCAUCAUGGCGGAUAUAGUCUCCAUGCUGGAGAGAGUAGGCGACGAGGGGGGUGGGUAGGCUGUGAGUUCUGGGUGCUGAAAACACAAGGCGCUGGCAGGAGGGCAGUAGUAGGGGGGGGCAGGAGGAGGGGCAGGAGGAGGGGCAGGAGGACAGGAGGGGGGAUGAGGCCAAGAGGGGGGCGUGCUGGACCCGAGAGUGGCGGGCAUAGCGGAGUGCGAGGGCGAGAUGCUUGAGGCGCUCAAGAUCGCGCUGGUGUGCGUCUUUUUAGUGUGCUGCACCCAUCACACGAUGACUUGCAUAUCAACAUCAUGAGGGACCUUCCACGGUCCACCUCAAUAACUAAAUGCCUUGAAAUAUCAUUGCAUUGAUAUCGCACUUUCGGAGUUUCCUCCCAGGAGGUGCCCUUCCUGUCAUUCCACGACCACGACCUCAUUGGUAGCCGCCCCGGUCUGGGUUUAGUUCGUGGGUGCACGUGGG